UUUUUGUGAAUGACAAACUCAUUAACAAUUCAUCAACACAACCUGUUCCAGCCGGCCCGUCCCCACGGCAACAGCCCCUUCCGCGGCCGCUCAUUGGCUGGCGGAGAGAAUGUAUCCAUUGAGACGUUCCAUGUUUGUAUCCAUUGAGGAGCUGCCUCGCGCAGGGGGUGUGCGAGCCCUAGUCAAAGGGACAUUGCUCAGAUAAAGAACUGAAUCAUAUUAUGAGAAGACUGUCGGGUUGACUGUGGUAUGUACCCAGGAGAGAUUAAGAGCAAAUGGACUUUUUUGCGGUAGCACCGGAGCCGGAUCCCAGGGCCCCAAACUAAUUGGAUUUCAUUCACUCGGGGAGAAAAGAAAGAGGUCUGGACUGGGGCGAUUACGACGCUUCAUUCAGAGAUCCAUUGACAGGGAGACCCGAGACUGAACCGCCGUCCGAGGUGUUGCAAGCCUAUGCUUCAGAAAACGCAAGGGUUUACUUUCCCUUUCCUCUCAAAUCUCUCAACUCUGGAGAUAGAGGUUGCAAGUCUGUUUCAUUAUCCAAAUUCCAUUCUUCGGUGCUAUUAGGAGUUUCUGCUUUUGGGGUAAGCCCCGGGUAGGGGAGUCGCCUUCUAGCAUAUGCCUGCAGCGGGAAGCAUCUGUUAGGCACCGCUCCCUGGCCCUCCGCUUAUCCUCAUGAUAGAUACGUUCAGACCCGUGCCUUUCGUGUCGGAAAUGGCGAUUAGUAAGACGGUGGCGUGGCUGAACGAGCAGCUGGAGCUGGGCAGCGACCGGCUGCUGCUGCUGGACUGCCGGCCGCAGGAGUUGUACGAGUCGUCCCACAUCGAGUCGGCCAUCAACGUGGCCAUUCCGGGCAUCAUGCUGCGGCGGCUACAGAAGGGCAACCUGCCGGUGCGUUCGCUCUUCUCCCGCGGAGAAGACCGCGACCGCUUCACGCGGCGCUGUGGGACGGACACGGUGGUCCUGUACGACGAGAACAGCAGCGAAUGGAACGAGAACAAGGGGGGAGAGUCGGUGCUGGGACUUCUGCUCACGAGGCUCAAGGACGAAGGCUGCAGGGCAUUUUACCUGGAAGGUGGGUUCAGUAAGUUCCAAGCUGAGUUCGCUCUGCAUUGUGAGACCAAUUUAGACGGCUCUGGUAGCAGCAGCAGCUCGCCUCCCCUGCCAGUCCUAGGACUGGGAGGUCUCCGGAUCAGUUCCGAUUCCUCAUCGGAUAUUGAAUCUGACAUUGACCGAGACCCUAACAGUGCCACUGACUCGGAUGGCAGCCCUUUGUCCAACAGUCAACCUUCCUUCCCCGUGGAAAUUCUUCCCUUUCUCUACCUGGGGUGUGCAAAGGAUUCCACCAACCUGGACGUUUUAGAAGAAUUUGGCAUCAAAUACAUCUUGAAUGUAACUCCUAACCUGCCUAAUCUCUUCGAGAAUGCCGGAGAGUUUAAGUAUAAACAGAUUCCAAUCUCAGAUCACUGGAGCCAAAACUUGUCUCAGUUUUUCCCGGAGGCCAUUUCUUUUAUAGAUGAAGCCCGAGGAAAAAAUUGUGGCGUCUUGGUGCAUUGUUUAGCCGGAAUCAGCCGCUCAGUCACAGUGACUGUGGCUUACCUCAUGCAGAAGCUUAACCUGUCCAUGAAUGACGCCUAUGACAUCGUCAAGAUGAAGAAGUCCAAUAUUUCCCCAAACUUCAACUUCAUGGGCCAGCUGCUGGACUUUGAGAGGACUCUGGGGCUGAGCAGCCCCUGUGACAAUCGGGUACCGGCCCAACAGCUUUAUUUCACCACUCCAUCCAACCAGAAUGUGUUUCAAGUGGAUUCUCUGCAGUCCACGUGAAACCUGGCCCUGUUCUCUUCCUUUGCUGGGGAGAGGUCCUAGUCAUCUAGGGCAGGUUUUUCUUUGUGGCCCACAGUGUCAAAAUGAUCACAAGCUGUCGGGGUUGUUAGACAAGGUUACCAUGUUUGGAAUUGGUUAUUGCAAAAAGGGAGAAAAGUGUUGUAUUCUCUGUGGAGGAACAUGAGAUGCUGUGUACAUAGCUCCUGGCAGGGUUCUGGGCCCCUGUGUGUACAAGCCUACCUAUGCGGAGGCAGGAGACUUGAGGACUUCCAAGUGCAUAGGGUAGGACUAAAGGGUAGGAACCCAUAUUCCUUAAGGAUUGGCUGGAUGUUUUCCUUUUUUGCAUUUGGAAUUAUACUACAUAUUUGUCUUCAGUGAAGACUGGUUCAUUUUUGAAUUAGAGGAGCCAAAGAGAGGUGUCAGCUCUGAAUCUGGAGUUACCUACCUGUUUGCAAAGAACUCUGAUGUUUGAUUGUUGUAAAUAUUUCACUUUUAAAUCAAGUUGACGAUGACAGUUGUUCUUGUGAGUUUUUUUUCUCCCCUUUGAUUAGCCUAAAAGAAAUCAUCCAAAGGGAGAGAAGAAUCAGAGUGUCACUCCAUUACAAAAUCAUUUAUCUUUUUUUUUUAAUUUCUAAUCCAAAGGGUACAUUUUGCAGCAUGCUUACAAAACAAACAAUUGUUGUUUCAGCUCUGGCAGACUCCUGGGUUGAAAUUCAAAGACAGAAUGUUGCCCCUCACAUUAUGUGACUGGUGCAAUCCUUUAUCAUCUGACAUAUAUCUUUUCCUUGUGAUUUCCCCCCAGUUGAUGUAGUUUGACUAUGCCUUACCUUUUGUAAAUAUAUUGGCCUGUGUUCUCAUGGAGGGGUUUUUCUUUUAAAGACACACAAGGAAAAUCUGUGUUCACUUUUUAUUUUAUUUUAUUUUUUACUUUCAGCUGUGUUCAACAGUGCAUACCUCUGUACAAAAUUCUUCAGGGAGAGUCACCUCAAAAUGCAAUAUUUUGGUUUGUUUUCUUUUUUUUUGUAAAAAAUAAAAAAUACAAAAACUGGAAGUGUGUGUGAGCGUGGGUACCCCUGUGUUUGAGAGGUGAGUGGCACAGUUUGCCAAGAAGGGAGAGUUAACUUUGCUCGAUUAUGUUUGUGUUGUAAAAUUUUAAGCUGGAAUUUUAUGAGAAUGUUAUCUUAAGUUAUUAAUAAAUAACUAUUUUGGUUAUUGAGAA